AUGGCGGCCAAGGUAGCGGACGAAGUCGCCAACAUGAAGUUGGACGACACCAACGGCAAACCAGCAAAUGGUACAACGGAGAACGGCGAAAAGCCCACAGGCGAUGCGGAUCACGAAGACUCAGACGAUGACAACGAGGCCGAGGAUGGAGCACCAGAAGCCGGCGAAGGCGCUGCGAAAAAGAAGAAGAAGAGGAAGCCCAGAAAGAAGAAGAAGGCUGGCGCAGCAGGCGGCGCAGGAGGGCCCAAGGUGCAGACAUCACCGCCACGAGUUCGCAUCGAUGAGCUGUUCCCCAACGAUUCGUACCCCGAGGGCGAAAUCCAAGAAUACGUCAACGAGAACGCCUACCGGACCACCAAUGAAGAGAAGCGCCACCUCGACCGCAUGAACAACGACUUCCUCACCGAAUACCGCAAAGGCUCAGAGAUCCACCGUCAAGUUCGACAAUGGGCUCAGAACUGGAUCAAGCCGGGCAUGUCGCUCACCGAGAUCGCAGAGGGUAUCGAGGACUCUGUUCGCGCCUUGACAGGACACCAGGGUCUGGAGGAUGGUGACGCGCAAAUAGCGGGCAUGGGAUUCCCGACUGGUCUGAGCAUAAACCACUGUGCAGCGCAUUACACCCCCAAUGCGGGCAACAAAAUGGUCAUCAACUACGAAGAUGUCAUGAAGGUCGAUUUCGGCGUACACAUCAAUGGACGUAUUGUGGACAGCGCGUUCACCCUGACCUUCGACCCCGUAUACGACAAUCUCAUCAACGCAUGCAAGGCUGCGACAAACGCCGGUAUCAAGGAAGCCGGUAUCGACGUCCGCAUGAGCGACAUUGGCGCUGCUAUCCAGGAAGUCAUGGAGAGCUACGAGGUGGAAAUCAAGGGACAGAUGCUGCCCGUCAAGUGCAUAAGGAAUCUGAACGGACACUCCAUCGGACACUACACCAUCCACGGCGGAAAAACUGUACCGAUCGUCAAGGGCGGCGACCAGACAAAGAUGGAAGAAGGCGAGACAUUUGCUAUCGAAACAUUCGGCAGCACAGGAAAGGGAUACGUUCGGGAUGAUAUGGAGACAUCUCACUACGCCAAAAAGGCCGACGCACCCAAAGUCGCUCUCCGCGUCUCGUCAGCAAAGACACUCCUCAACUCCAUUACCAAGAACUUCGGUACUCUGCCUUUCUGCAGGCGGUAUCUCGAUCGCAUGGGCCAUGACAAGUACCUCUUGGGCUUGAACAACCUGGUCAGCGCGGGUAUUGUCGAGGCCUACCCCCCGCUUUGCGAUAUCAAGGGCAGUUAUACAGCACAGAGUGAACACACAUUCGUGCUUCGCCCCAACUGCAAGGAGAUUCUUAGUCGCGGUGACGACUACUAA